CAUAACUGUCAUUUUAAGAGUGGCUUCUGAGCUUUGGUUAGACUGAGUGGAGGUUAAGUGUUAUGUUUGUUGUGGAUGUAUUUUGUUGUAAUAGUGAUAAGAGAUUUAAAAUUAGUAUACACCUGUGCUCUUUUUAAGGAUUAAUUUAUAUCUGUUCAAAAAUGGCAGAUAGCGAUGUAGCCAACCACAAGACUGAAGUUCAAUUAAAGAAGAAAAGGAGCAAAUCAACGAAGAAAUCUUUGAUAGCAGAAAAUGAAAAAAGACAAAAAUGUCUUGAAAUCUUAUUGAAGUCUAACUCUUUACCACAAUGUGUUGUGAAUAUUCUCAAAGAAGAGCUGAAAGAGAGAGGCCAGAUGUACAAGAUGAGUAUGGAUGACAUGGAGCAGUUCUGGCAGGAGCUACAUGGGUAUGUACGAGAGCUUGUGCGCCAACUGCUGGAUGAUGAGGGGAAUGUAGGGGAGCAGAUCUGUGCGGUGGUCAAUCUGCUGCAGCACACGGCUCUGUUGCACUGUGUUGGCGAGAGUGAAACUUUUACACAAAUGGCUAUGGUACUCAACCUGGCUAUGACUCAUGAGACGUGUCAGCUGCAGGUAAAAAAUGAAAUAUGUAAACUGAGUGAAUAUUGUUGCAUAAAAGAACUUCGAGUUCCAGGUGAAUUCUACCUGAAUACCUUCAAUUUUCUUUUUGACUACACUCUGAGUGAGAAGGAGACAGAGGCUGUUGAUGUGAAACUGGCUGUCAAGCGGAUGUGGGAGAUGCAUGUGGCAUUGGCACGACUCAACUUACGUACACAGACCUGUGAGGCAGUGGUCAACAAGUUAGCGCGCAUCGUAGUUAGUCCAAACUAUUUGGCUUGCAAGGAGGGCAGACAGUUUAUCGCCUUUACAUUCACGCUGGACAUCAAACUGAUAAAGAAAUUUCACCAAGCUGUGAAAGACUUUUUGCCGAGCUGCAAGAGAAACCAGGCAGUUGCAUAUGGUGAAGUGUAUCACAGUGCAUGGUUGAAUGGCUCUGCAGAAGUUAGACAGGCACUAGGGUCUCAGUGUAUCCAGAAUCUGAUGACGCACAUGUUCGUGUUUCCAAGAAAGAAGCAGGAACUUACUCAUCUCGGACAUAAUGUGUUUGCCAUCUUGUCGUAUCUGCACCACAACCGUACGCUAUCUCACUUCAGUAAGACACUCUCUGAGCUGUACAUGCCGCUAUUGUGGCGUCAUUUGCGGAGUGGUAACAACAUUGAGCGGUGUAAUGCAGCAGAGGUGUUCCUGGAUGCAUAUCCUCUUGAGACUCCAGGCUCCGGGAAGGUGGAAGAGAGUAACUUUAUGAACAAACAGCACAGUGAAAUGUUUGAUCUGCUUACGGACAACUGUCAUGUCGUUCGCAUCAUAGCAAUCAAGGGUAUCUGCGAUAAAUUGUGUUCAGCCUGGAGGACGUUUCCUCCGGAGACUAUUCAGGUUUUGAUGCGUAACCUGAUAGAUCUAGCCAGUGAUGGAUCAGAUGCGGGGGUGCGCCGUGCACUCUAUGAUGGCCUAGCUGUACUCCUGCUGAAUCCAGAGUCAGCCGCAUAUCUAGCCCGGAUCUUGCCCGGACUCCGGGACUGUAUACACGAUGAGAAUGAAAAAGUGCGGAAAUCUUUUGUCCGGCUGCUGUGUGGUGUCAAAAACAUGCCUGACCCACCCAUCAAGUACUGGAAGAUAGUUACUGUGAACCAUCUUGCUGCUCGGUUGGAGUUAGAAAACUUGGAAGUUGGCUCUGAGUUGUCAAAGCUCCUCAUGAGUAACAUCUACACAGCGGAUCAGAGUGUUGACAAGUUUCUCUUUCGACUUCUGAACUUUAUCAAAAUCAGUCCUCGGGCAGCUCGCAAACUCUUCCAAUUCUCUAUUAAGGUGCUGGAUUAUAAGAAUGCAUUGCGAGUGAUGAUAACAAUAUUGCUCAACCUGCGAGCGCAUGUGAAGAAAAAAGAGGCAGAAAACCAUUGUCCUGAACAGCAUCAAGAGGAAAACGAGGUUAGACAGUCUGUGCCUAAAAGGAAAAAGAGAAGAUCAGCAGAAGUACUUCAAUCUAUCAGUGAAAAUGAUCAGGAUGGCAGUGAGAAUAAAGAGAAUGACAGAAGCAAGGAGAAUCAGCGGAACAGUAGCAGCUGUAGUUCAGCAACUGAAGAUAAGGAGGAGAAAGAUGAAUACAGCCAGCCCGGGGUAGCCCAUGCUCUGGUAGACAUUGUCAGUCUACUGUGGUCCAUCCACUCCAAGAGCCUGGCAGACCCCAGCCAUGAAGAAGACCAUAACAACCUGAUGGACAUGGCUUGUGCUGGAAUCCCUCUCUUCCUCAAAUACUAUAGGGGUACUUCUACGUACUAUGCUGUGGUUCACCUGGCUAGUUUCGUGCCACCUGACAGGCUGAAGUCUGUUUCCACGGUGUGUAGUGCCUGUGUUUCCCACCUGAAGCAAGUGUCCGAGGUUACUCCUCCUGCUGAGCUGGAGGUUGUAGUCCACGCCCUUUGCUCCUGGGGUAGAUUUGCAGAUAUUCAAGAUUUGGUGAUCGACUGGCUUGAUCAGGCCUUCAGAUGCGAGGGCCUCAACCAGUCUCAAGUUCCAAAAGAAGAGAUGAAGCAACGAAGGGUGCGGUUUGUGGCCAAAGGAGGCAAGCCGAUGGUGGCCCUGCAGUUGCUGGAUACAGUGUUCGGUCACCCUCUCAACUCCACCCGAGUUUUGAAUAAGUCCUACAACAUGAUCCAUGACCUUUACAUCUACUUAGAACGAAUAAAGGUUGUAGUGGAGCGUCGUCUUUUGGGAGGCUUGCCGUUAGACUCACCAAUGCUCAGUGACAACUUUCUGCUCAAGUGCAUGUACCGUUACGCCAUACUGACAGUUGUAGUGGAGCGUCGUCUUUUGGGAGGCUUGCCGUUAGACUCACCAAUGCUCAGUGACAACUUUCUGCUCAAGUGCAUGUACCGUUACGCCAUACUGAUAGUUGUAGUGGAGCGUCGUCUUUUGGGAAGAUUGCCGUUAGACUCACCAAUGCUCAGUGACAACUUUCUGCUCAAGUGCAUGUACCGUUACGCCAUACUGAUAGUGAUAAAUUCCUAA